UUCCAUCCGCUGCGCUACCCCGCUGCGCGGUACGAGAGUAUAUAUAUCAAUCUCUACGGAUCACGAUCGCUCUCCUCCCAUCCCAAGUCAUUUCAUCCACUCCAAUUCUUUUCAGAGCUUCUUUCCACAGCUCAAAAUCAACGAUCAUGGCACGGGUCCAAAAGGCGAUCAUCAUCGGCGGCGGCGCCGCAGGAUUAGCGGCAGCAAUACGACUAAAGACGCACAACGGCAUCAAUACAGUGCUGUACGAGAUUCGCUCAGAACCAACUACACUAGGUGGUGCCAUCAGCAUUCCUUCUAACGGACUCCGUUUGCUUGAUCAACUGGGCCUCUACGACGAGCUCGUGGCGCGUGGGUCUUCUUCGUCACAUCUGAACGUUCAUUCCUUGCGUGGUCCAGUUCUGGUAGACGUCGAUAUGGCCGGAUGGAGCCGCGAAAAGGUCGGGUUCGGGUUCAUGCGCAUCAUGAGAGCCGAUCUGAUGGAUGUUCUCCUUAGGGCUGCCAAAAGGCACGGAGUUGCCGUUCACUUUGGCACCCGGAUGACCAGAAUCGAAGAGAACGACGAUUGCGUCACAGUGACCUUUGCUGAUGGCAGAACCGACACAGGUGAUGUACUUCUUGGAUGCGACGGCAUUCACUCCGCGGUCCGCACUCUACACGUCGACCGGGAUGCCCUUCCAGUGUACACGGGUAUCGCCAACAUGUUCGCCAUAUUGCCAAACUCAUCUCUUUCUGAACAGAAUCGCGAGAUUGCACCAGCUCUACACGCCACAUUGACCUCGCAUGGCUUACUCGGCGUUAUGCCUUGUACCGCGUCGAGCGACCAAUUAUACUGGUUCUACUCACGUGAGGUUGCUGUACCAGGCAGCGACGACGAUCGAGAGGGUUGGGAGGCAUACGGCAGGAAAGAAGUCGAUGGUUUCAAAGACACCAUAAUGGGAAUGAUCAACGAAGCUCAGGGUCAAUGGGCAGAUCAGCUGAAGGAGAUCAUCGCCAAGACAGAAGCCAUCAAGUUCUAUCCGAUCUUUAGAAUGCCGCGUGCUGUAAAAUGGUCAUCGAAGCGAUGCCUACUCCUAGGCGACGCUGCGCAUGCUAUGCCUCCACACGCAGCACAAGGGACAUCAAUGGCCCUAGAGGACGUCUUCCUGCUUUCAAGGGUGUUGGAAGGUGGGCCGCAACCACUAGAAGAGGUUUUCCGCGAAUACGAAGUUAUCCGCCGCCCAAGAGUAGACGCGAUUGGUCAGGCUUCAGCAGAGAACGGGAACGUGAGGAAAGGCACUAGUCCCCUUGGCCUCAGGAUGAAGGAGACGUUCUUGGGUGCAGGAUUCUGGGUAUACAAGAUGGUGGGUCUGCAGAGAUUUGGUAUUGGUAUGAACCAAAAGGAUUGUGCUUAUGAUAUAAUGGCUGAGCCCCUGAAGAUAAUAGGUUAGGAACAGUUAGAUAAGGUCUAGAAACAUAAUCUGUACUUCCUUUACUCGCC